AUGGCCUCAAAACAACUUCUCUCCGCCCUCCUCCUCCUCCACCUAACCCUCGAUUCUCCAGCUUCCACGUUGGCUCAAUGCCCCUACCCCUGCUACCCACCACCAAUCGGCAACAUGCCACCUCCAGCUACAACCUUGCCGCCACCGUCGCAAACGAAGAAUUACCCUCCUCCGGCAGCCGUCUACACACCACCGUCGGGUACUGUUUACCCUUAUACACCUCAAACACCUACUUUUUACGGCGGUGCACCACCAGCUCCAGAUCCUAUAGUCCCGUGGUUCCCUUAUUACUACAAGGAUCCGCCGCGUAACCCUCAUAAAUCAUCGUCGGUAGAUCUUCGAGGUGGAUCAACGGUGGUGAUUUUCUUGGUCCAUGUUCUAGUGGUCCAGUUGUUGUUAUGUUAG